CCCUUGAAAAUGGCAGUUAAAAAAAGACCCCGUGUCUCUAAAAAGAGCGGGCCCAAGAAGUCAAGUUCCGCUGGAAAUCACAUGAAAUUUUGCCGUCAUCAAAAAACCAACAAAAAGGCCAAACCAAACAUUAAGAGCACUUUCACUCGUUCAGCAAAAUGCAAUGACAAUGGCGAGCCUGCUGAGCUUAACCAGGAAGACGUACAAUACUAUGAGGACCGAGGUGAAUAUGUACAGCUUAUAAGCGAUUUUGACAUAAAUUCGCUCGCAGGGCCCAACAAAAAAAAACUUCUUGCAAUGCCCAGGUCUUACGAACAAGAGAGUGGUUCCCGGCAAUGGACAGAUUCUGUGGACAAUCUGGAGUCAGACAAGCGGAAGAAGAAACUUCCAAUUAAAAUCGAUGGAUACAUAAAACCUAUUUAUGUCGAAGAAGAUAAAGACGAGGAAAAGAAAUCGGCAUCGUCUUCACAGUUGGAAUGUGCUACUCAGCGAAAGCAAAAGAAAAGAACGUACUCAUCGAAGGCAGAGCCCUCGAAUGAAGAACUCGGCGUAGCUGAGUACAAGGAUACCCCCGGCAAUGAGUCGGACAUGAGCGAUUUAUCAGUUUCUGCAAAGUCUAAGAAACGCAAAGAGAGCCAAUUAUUUGAAGAAGAUGACGACAUGAAAGAACUGUAUAUUAUGGCAGAUCGUCAAAAAAAGAUUCAGGAUAUUAAAGAGAAGAUUGCGCAGUAUGCCACAGCUAUUGUUGCUAAUCCUUCCGAGAAUUUAGAGCUGCUUAAUGUACUUAAAAAGUAUUGUACCAGUCACGAUGCAACCAUCAGUAAUUUGGCCAACUUAUCUUUAUUGGCGAUCUAUCAUGAUAUCAUUCCAUCAUAUAGAGUAAUAACAAAUGACAAUGCGGCAAACCUGAGCAAGGAAAUGAAAGAAGUGAGGUCCUACGAACUGGCUAUGCUCAAAUGCUACCAGAAUUAUUUGUUUUAUCAGAUAUCAUUUUUAAGGCAAAAUUUGAGGUACCUUGAGUUAAAUGGUGGAAAGUCUACCAGAGUCAAUCUUCACAACUUGAAGUCUAUCAGAUCCAAAAUCGAUAUCUCAGUCAAAGUGUUAGGAAGUUUAUUAGAAAAACACUAUUACUUCAAUCUGACUUCGAACAUUAUUACCAUGGCUUUGGAAUUGAUCAAUAGUCCAGAUCAAAAAAUCAGUGACACGAUGAUGGGGUAUGUGUCGUCUGUUCUUCGACAGGACACCCAGUUUAUCAUCUCUUUGCAAAUAGUACGCGCGGUCUCUCAAUUUGUAAAAAAAAAACGCAGAUGCAACGGUAAAGUUUUGGAUAUACUUUUGUGUCUUCAGCUGACAACAACGUUCAAAGAAGGCACGGACAUCUUUAGUUCAGCCCCAGCGAAGAGGAAGAAGCAUUUAUCUAUCAAAGAACGGAAAGAACUGAAAAAACAGAAAGAAAUCGACAAGAAGAUGAAAUGUUUGCAGUCCUCACAAAGAAAAGAAGACAUUUCAAAUUUGCAAACGGAAAUUUUGAAGACAAUGUUUUUAUUAUACUUUGAAAUCUUAAAGACAAAAAAGCAUGUGUUGUUGCCCAAUGUACUUGAGGGUAUGGCUCAUUUUUCCCAUUUGAUUAAUAUCGAGCUCCUGUUGGACAUUAUAGAAAUACUACGUACUCUGUUUCAAGAUAAGAAGUUACCAUUAGUUUCUCGAUUGUAUACAGUUGUCACAGCAUUUCAGGCAAUCAAGCUCCAAGGCGACACUCUCAAAGUAGAUCUCAGAGAUUAUUACACAUAUUUGUAUCAGCUGAUUGAGCCUGUCGUUUGCAGCACGCCGCAGUGUCGAGUUCUAAUGCCCAUUUUGCUGAGAGCGCUGGAAAUGAUGUUUCUAAAUCAGAAAUUGUACGCGCUUGAAAGAGUGACAGCGUAUUCGAAGCGAUUAAUCAAUGCAUCUCUGUAUUGCGAUCAUCAGAGUGCACUAGCCCUGCUUGCAUUGGUUGGCAUUAUCUUAAAAAAGUAUCCAAAAACACAACUGCUUCUAGAUAGCGAGUACAGCGGUUCUGGUGUAUAUUCUCCCUAUACGAAAGAUCCAGACCACUGCAAUGCAUCUGCAUCCAAUACUUGGGAGUUUUUUUUACUCAGCAAUCACUACCAUCCUAGUGUGAGCGAGCUAGCAAACUCUGUGUUUCAGUUAGAAUACGAAAGUUCUCAGGAAUUGCUUGCCAUUUUCCAUCAUUUUGAUUUUUUUCGAAAUGGAUUUCUACCUCCAAUGACACCGCCAAGGCCUCACACUUUCGAAAAGAUCAUUUCAAGGAGCCAGAAGAACGAAGCCGAAUGUAAAAACUACUUUAUCCGACCUUCAGCAGCCUACCCUAAAUCUGAUUUUAUGGCACAAUCAGAAGAAUUGUCGAACCAGAUCAAUCUGGACCAAUAUGAUCCAACUGUGUUUCAACCUUUUUUCGAGGGCAUGAAACCUCUCGUAUAGACAACACCUAUCAAAGCAAGGUAAACAACUAUUUCGAAAAAGUAGUUGUACCUGCAGAACAAAGUUAUCGCAUUUGAUACUAAUUUUUUUUUUUGGUUGCAUUUAAGCACAAAUUUGAUUCGAUAAAUUUUGACGUCAAGGACGAAAUAGCUUUAAAUAAUCCCAGAGCUCGAAAUUUGUUGGAAUUCGCGCAUAUUACUUGUGUAUGAUCUCCAGGUUUAAUGUACAAUUUUGCUAUUGCGCAAUAUCA